CGCUGCAGAGUGAGACAUCUAGGGAGCAAUAUGAAAGCAAGCCGCUCCUUCCAAUACCGCCAACCCAGGAAGGUGAGGCUCAACAGGCAGUCACGAUAGCGCUGUGUUCCUGCAUGGAUGGUUGCGAUGGCAAAUGCAGGGUAGAAGGCGGUGGAAGCCGCUCGAUUCGGUCACGUCAGAUGCCUCACCAUGCGCUGCGGCGGUUUGGACGCAGGCCGGCUCGAGUCGAGUGCAAGCGCAUCAGUCACUGCCGUCAGUGCAUUGUCUUGUCAUCCGGCCGCGAGGCAUGCUUUGCCGGACUUUGAUCUGCUUAAAGGAAGCGCCGCAGCCUGCCUCGCCUUAACUCGCCCAUUACCUCGCCGUCUGUCCCCUUGCUCUACCACGGUUUGCCCACGCCCGUCACUACAUUGCUCACCCACGGCGCCUUCACCCCAACAACCCGCCCAACCACGCUUUCACCACGCCUUCUGUCCCUACAUAAGCCUCGCUGUGCCCUUCUCUACGCCAGCAUUCUCACCCGAGCACACGACACUGCCUCCACUGCCUCACUUGCCGCUUUCAUCUGCGACCGGCGCUAUCUCCGUUAUCUCAACCUCAUCGGCCGCCACUACCACCGUCGUCACCGUCACCGCACGUACCGCAGCACACCUCACCAUCAAUCACCGCCAUCAUGAUGCGUCGCUCUGACUCCAUUUCCAGCAUCAGCUCGAUGGGCUCUGACGCCGACGAGACGAUGCGCAUCUUCGUCAAGACUGUGU